UAAUGCGAGCCGUAGCACGUCUUUCAUGGACGUUCAAUGGUUGUCGCGUCCAUGGUGUUAUCCGGCGAAUAGCAUUUUUAUUUUGUCUUAAGGAGCGAGUCAACAGUCGCAAUGUCUGUUCAAUCAACAAAUCCAAACAACCCGAUAGUCUUCUUCGACAUAACCAUCGGAGGGCAGGAUAUCGGACGGAUGAAGAUUGAGCUGUUUGCCGAUGUGGUUCCAAAGACUGCAGAGAACUUCCGACAGUUCUGCACUGGAGAGUUUAGGAAAGAUGGAGUGCCAAUCGGUUUCAAAGGUUGCACAUUCCACAGGGUGAUAAAAGACUUCAUGAUACAAGGAGGGGACUUUGUGAAUGGUGAUGGAACUGGUAUCUGCAGCAUCUACAGGGGUCCAUUUGUAGACGAAAACUUCAAAAUGAAGCACUCUGCACCCGGUCUUCUGGCCAUGGCAAACAGCGGGCCAGGCACAAAUGGUUGUCAGUUCUUCAUUACUUGCACCAAAUGUGACUGGUUGGAUGGGAAGCAUGUUGUUUUUGGAAAAGUGGUUGAUGGUUUGCUGAUCAUGAGGAAAAUUGAGAAUGUUCCUACGGGACCCAACAACAAACCCAAGCUCCCCAUCCUCAUUGCACAGUGUGGAGAGAUGUGAUCCGGCUUCCUCACAGCACCACGCAAGAACUAUUCAGCCUUUUGUACCCAUGAAGUAAUGUUAUAGUCACUUAAUAACCCUCAGCAGACGUCAGACAACAUCUUUUUUUACUGUGUGGGACCAUGGUGGCGGUUGACGGUCACAAAAAAAAUAGUUUGGCCUAUCACUUUUAGUUGUAGAACGGGUUCCACUACCGAAUCCAGCACAGAUACGAUCAUUCACCUGUCCGGUAGCUUUUGGAACUGACAACAUAAAGUGGUUUUGAAUUUGUUUUACAAAACGUCAAGUCGUUGGGUCCAAGUGGAGAUGAUUUUUGCUUCUAUUUGUGUUUCAAUCUGUUCAUUGAGGAUGAAUAAAUUGUUUACUUUUUCAUGAACA